CAUAGCAAAAGUUUGGAGCUUUGUCUGCUGAAAGUCAGUUUUUAAACGAUUGAAUGAAUGAGUUACUGACUGAUAUCAUAAGCUACAGUAGGGAACGUAGUGGAACUUGGACUCGACAGAAUGAUGACGUGGUGACCAUUAUAUCUGAUAUAACAAACGUGAAAAGUUACAUGUUUUUUUACGUAAAGCCAAAGAGUAGUCCGAAGAUUGAGAGCAUUCCUGCUAUCAAGAAACCUGUUAUCAAGAAACCUGAUAUCAAAAAACCUGCUAUCAAGACAUGCAGCACUGUCAAAUCGCUCCAGUACCUUGGUCGAGUGAAAUCGUUUUUGCUCAGAUGUCCGCUGGAGUACUUCCUCCGCUGGAGUACUUCGUCCGCUGGAGUACUUCGUAAUGUUGUUCUAAGGAUGAACAAAGCAUAGUGAUGUACACGUCUACAUAGCUGGGAAAGAUGAGGUCAUAGAUGAUGGUAAACCCCUUAGAAUGAAUGAAGAAUGGUGCAGUAGCAAGUUGUUGGGUUCUCUGCUAGAAAGUAGGAAAGAUGUCACCAGAAGAAUCAUGUUAGCCAAUGUAGCAUUCCAGAACUUCAAGAAGGUCUGGUGCCAGAGUAAGAUCCCCCUACAGAAGAAGCUGAAGGUCUAUGAGGCCCAAGUAGUAUCUAUCCUCAUGUAUAACUCUAGUUGCUGGGGAAUGCCUAAAUCGUACUGGGACAAACUAGAUGCAUGUCACCGUAACCACCUCAGAAAGAUCAUGAAUGUCAGCUGGCCACGCAGUAUGAUGUCCAAAGAUACCCUCUACAAACAGAGUAACUCUACCCCUAUGUCUGAGCGUGCUGAGUUAUCUAGGUAGAAGAUGCUAGGACACAUACUGAGGAGCGAUGAAAGAUCACCAGCUCAAGCUGCGCUGUGUUUUGCUGUCGAGAUGUGUAUUGAAGUCGGUAGACUCGGGGCUCACAGACGUAACCUCCUGCACCACCUGAAGGUUGACCUCUGGAAGCGCUUCAUCUUGCUGGAGUCGUAUGGUGAUAUUCUCCAUUUGAGAGAACUUGCUAGUGACCGUGGUUAUUGGAGUAAAUUGUUUAACUUUAUACUUGAGUACAAGUCAAUUUGAUUAUUGGGACAUAUAAUUUUACAGAGGAUCACGUUUCGGUUCUAAAUUAUUUUAGGAUUGUUGACAUUUGUAAGAUUGACAUGUUUGAUAAUAAGCAUAGUGAUGAGAGAGGGCUAUUAAUGUGUGGGAUUUCUGCUGCUUUGUUACAGUCAUCUGACUUUUUCAUUUUUACUCGGUGACUUUCUGAGGAAAGAGUUCUGCUAAAAAAGAUAAAAAAGAUAUGCACGCGAGAGAUGUUUCCUCUGAGAUUAUGCUGAUGCCGGAUGCAUCACAAGCACAUAUAAUUCGAACUGCAAAUCGGAGAAUUUUUUUAUAAUCCUGAACUUAAUUUAAAAUCCUUACUUAAAAUCAGUUCUCAUCCAAUACUUUACAGAUAUUGCAUCUAAGAGAGUAACAGGACGCUCGCAAUAUCUUGUAUAUAUAUAUUUUCUUGUGUUUGAAGUCAUUAUAUCUCAAGUUUGGCACAUAUAAAUUCUCCCAAACUCUCACACAUUAUCCGUCAUAUAGCCUUGUAACUAUCUGAAAAGUUUAAAGAAAAUCUAUCAGUCAGACCUUGAGAAAAUCAAAAAUAUAUUCUAAGUUAUUCACUAAAACACUCUAUUUUCGAACUUUUUAACUUUUUAUUUUAAACAGAUUUAUCGUUCUGGUACCGAAAUGCUUUACCAU